AAUACGAUAAAAAUUAACGAGCGCGAGGGAGAGUUGUCAAAAGUGGGUUGCUGUAUUAUUAUUGUUUUUUACACUUGACUCUUGGGUUAAUAUCAAUAAAAGAAAGGUACCUCGCUGGCGAGUCCUGUUUUGCUAUCAUCGUCAUACUUUCAGCGUCAAGAGCACCAUUUCUUGUUCGUUAUGACCUGGUUUUCUACGGAAGAAAGCAAACAUUCUUUGCUAUACAUAUCAGCAUCAGCAGUAUCCAAUUAAUCCAGUAUAUCUAUAAGUACUUGGAUUGCCAGUGUUUUUUCAGAUCACUAUAACUGUAGCUGUGUGUAGAAGUACAUGUACUUACACUUAUUGCACAAACUAGCCACUACUUACUUUGCUCUGUUUUUGGCACAAGCAAUACAAGCAUUCGUUCACCUGAUGCACGGGUGCAUGACACAAUUAAUCAAGUUUCCAGAUAAGUCCAUAAGUACAUCGGAAGCGAAGCCUCUGCUCGCUGACCUCACUACUGGUGAUUAGCGAUCGGCGAUGGUUGACGCCGUCGCCUCGUAUAGGUAUGACCUUGCUGGAGGCGUCGUAAGUUUAUUGUCAUCACCAGAAUAUUAUUACAUCGGUACUCCCCAAGAAAAGUUAUACUCAAUCGUCUCACCAUCUCACUAAACAGAAUUAGUAUAGUGUACAAAGCCGUCCAGUCCGAGUUUAAGAAUUUCAAUGAGAAAGUGCCAGAUUGUGUACACCUAUAUUGUUAGGUAUGUAAUAAACUAGCUGCAGCUGCAUACAUACAUACGAACGGCAAAGAAAGAAAGGAAGAAAAAAAUCGAGUGGCCCCCCCAAAGCGGAAGAAGCGAAGGCGGACGUGCGGGUGAAAGGACACCGAUUACACAUUGGUGCACACCGCUAGCUUUUCUGUAUAAUAAUACUACAGCUUACGUGAGAGACAGAACGAGAAUCGAGCACAACGCGAUAACAAGAUCUACACACAUCAGCAGUGGCUCUUUAAGUAUUUCUCGUUUCCCUGAUGCGCUUUCAGCAAGUGUAGAACCGCAGUAGUAACUCAAAGAAGAAAUGAUGCUGAUGUCAGCGAAGAUGCGCAGACCCACGCCCGCCACCUGCUCAAUGAUAAUGAUAAUAAUAAUAACAUAAUUCCUUGGACUGUGCGAUCGGCGGUUCUUUUAAAAAAACCGACGUUAUCAUUAUCACGGGUGUGUGCUUACGCGAGCAUCGAUUUAGUACGCCGUACACUAGGUAGACUCCUGUGCAGUGUCUUUGAGAGCGCGCGCGCGCUCGUUUUUAUAUAUGUAUACUUGUAUACCAACUCUCGUCAUCCGUCCACGUGCCGCAGGUCUAUAUUUAGCUGAGCGCCGCUGGGCGACCUUUAACUCUCGCGGCGCCACAGCAGCAGGCAAUAUCUCAACCUGAGCAAUACAACGUAUAUAUAUAUAUACAAUAGUUACCCUCGGGUGCAAGAGGUGAGGGCGCACGAAAUCGGUGCGAGCAGCACUGACCAUGAGCUCCGUCUGGAAGAGGCUCCAGCGGGUCAACAAGCGAGCUGCCAAGUUUCAGUUUACGGUCUCCUAUCACGAGGUCCAACUUGAGACCACGACCAAAUGGAAACCGAACAAGCUGAGCGUAGUGUGGACGAGGAGGAGUCGACGGGUGAGCACGGAGCCCAUGGAGUGGGAGCCAAGCCUGAGCGAUCCGAUGAGGGGUACGGUGAGCUGGUCCGUCCCGGACAACCACACGGUCUCCGUGACCCUCUUCAAGGACCCGAGAACCCACGAGCUCGAAGACAAAGACUGGACCUUCGUCAUUGAAGAUAUUUCGACUACGGGCAAGCGACGGCAUGUGGCGGCCCUCAACGUAAACAUGAAAAAAUACGCGAGUCUCGAGUCUAGUCAGCAGCAGCUCAAAUUGGACCUAAAGCCCACUUCGAAGAAGAUUGUCAGCGCUACACUUGAGUGCACGAUAUCAUGCGUCUUCCUCAGGGAAGGCAAGGCGACGGACGAAGACAUGCAGAGCAUGGCGAGCUUGAUGUCCGUCAACAACAAUAGUGAUAUCGCACCUCUGGAUGACUUUGACAACGAAGAAAUACCGGAAGAUGUCGAAGAGGUCUCCAUUAGAAAUCUCGAUGAAAUACUCGACAUCUCGGCUCAAUUGGACUUCAUGACGAGUAGUCUCACGGAGAACGACAUACCCAGUACUCCUAUAAGCGUUGCGAGCUUAACGAGAGACGAAACGACACCUAUAAUCGAAGAGCCAAAACGGUUUCCUCGAGACUUUAGUUUUACCAGGGAUAGCGCCGACGCGGUCAAAGAGUCGAGCAUUAAUAAUGAAUUGCUGCAAAAUGAUAAAAAUUCGGAUGGCAGCCUAGCAACAAGGUUAUCAUUACGGCCACUUGAUCUCAAAAAGACAAAUACAACUAGCCAUCGGAUGCGAGAUAUAACACCGGGCCAGGAUCUACUCGAGUGGUGUAAGGAGGUGACUCGAGAUUACCAGAGCGUCAAGGUCACUAACUUAACGACAUCCUGGCGCAACGGAAUGGCCUUUUGUGCCGUUAUACAUAAUUUUCGGCCAGAUCUCAUCGACUUUGAUUCUCUGCUGCCACACGAUGUUAAAGGCAACUGCAAAAGAGCGUUUGAUGCCGGUGAAGCCCUUGGCAUACCCCGAGUUAUUGAACCCGCGGAUAUGGACAUUCUGACAGUACCUGAUAAGCUUGCUGUGAUGACCUAUUUAUAUCAGUUGCGAGCUCACUUCACGGGCCACGAGCUGGAGGUGCAUCAAAUCGGCAAAACUGCGGACGAAUCGUCUUACAUGAUCGGCCGAUUCAAUACCGAUAAUAAUUCAGAUGUGAGUGUACAAUUGUUUGGACAGGAGAUAAUGAAUUUAAGGAAAAGAGAACUAGCAGAGCAACGUAAUAACAAAACCGACAACAGUAGACGAUUGAAUCCAUUUGAUCAUACAAAAAAAGAAGAUACGGCAUCCUUAAGAAACAGAUUACAUCUCAGUUUGAACACCGAUCAUCAAGAUGACCCGUUCAACAGAGAAAAAUCUCCCUCUAGUGUCAAAGAAGUGAAAGAUAUGAUUUUUGCAAGUUCAAAAAGUAUUCUUGGAAAAGUUUUGUCGCCCAGCAAAGAAAAAUUCACCAAAGAACAACAUGCUACAAGAGAAAAGAGUAAGUCCCCACCGCAAACUCCAUUGCAAACUCCACUGCAAGCUCAGCCACAGCAAAUACAUCCACAACAACCCCAACAGCCUCAACAGGCUCGUCCUAUUCUGAUGACACGACGACAAUUGACCGACCCAUUUGGCUCAGAUGAUGAGGAAGAAGAAGAGGAGAAAACACAAGUGGUUGAAAAUAAUCCUCCAUCAAAUCCUGUCUCAAAAUCGCAAACUCCCGAUUCAGUACAGUCCUUUGACCGUGGGAGCCGAGGGAGUUCCGAGGGCAGGGGUAUGUCACCGUUGCGAGACGAGUCGCAGUCGAGGAUGCAGCACCCCUUAGUGACCCGACAUGAAGAACUUAAAGAAAGAGCCAGGAAACUCUUAAAACAAGCUAGAAAUCAGUCAAAAGUCUCUGGUAUUGGUUCCACUGCCACAAGUCCUGUUGAGAAUGAGGAGGAACGGCAGCAGCAGCUACGCGAAAGAGCGAGAAAAUUGAUUGCAGAAGCCAGAAUGGGCGUCGUUAACACUAGUCAAGCUGGUGACGAAAACUCCAGUGGUAGACAGUCCAUCGAUGAUCAAAACAAUAGUCCUAGAAGAAGUAUGACGCCUUCGACUCCUGGCGAACGAAUUAGUGUUAAAUCAGAGUGUAAUGGAAAUAUUGUGAGAGAUGCGAUGACACCCGAUAGCGAGAAAAAAAUCAGUUCUUCACUCUAUUCGUUUUCGAAAAUUAUAGAAAGAAUAUCGCCGGAAAAAAGUCCCGAUAGUGGUCCUUUCACUCGAAGAGGGUUGGGGAAAGACAUGUCGUCUUAUAUUCAAAAUGAAUUGGAAGCUCUUGAACGGGAGCAGAGCCAAAUAGAUAUUCAAGCAGGAAAACUUGAAAAGCAACUGAGAGCAGCAAUGGAAAGCGACAAUGAGGAAGAAACUGAACGACUAAUGGCAUUGUGGUUUACGCUUGUCAACAAAAAGAAUGCUCUUUUAAGAAGACAAAUGCAAUUAAAUAUUCUGGAAAAAGAAGAUGACUUGGAAAGGAGAUUUGAACUUUUAAAUCGAGAAUUGCGGAGCAUAUUGGCUGUAGAAGAUUGGCAGAAGACAACAGAACAAAAAGUUCGAGAGAAUCUUUUACUCGAAGAGUUAGUGUCAAUUGUUAACAAAAGGGAUGAACUUGUUCAUCACCUCGAUACUCAAGAACGAGCAAUCGAAGAUGAUGAUGAGAUCGAACGUGAUUUAUCUCGAGCUGGAUUAGCACAACGAAAUAAGAAUUGUGUUAUUCAAUAAGGGAUUUUAGUCGUUUUAUUAAAAAUUGUUCGAAAAUUUAAGAUGCGUCUCAAAUAUGCUGUAGAAUUGCCAAAGAAAAAGUGACAUUGAGCUUUUAAAAGUUAAUGCAUAACGAUGCGUUUUAAAGACGUCACGUGAUUGAAACCGUACAACGUUGUAUUUGUUUUCUUCUACAAGAACAAAAAAGAGCACUUUUAUAUAUUUUUCAUUACUUAUUAUUAAACUUUUUAAGUAAUCGAAUUUUUUGUUAUUUGACAACUGAUUGAAAGGAAUUUUUUUCACGUUUGAUACAUUGAAAUUCAAAACACAAUAGCUGUGGAAAGAAAUCUGACGUAUAAAAAAUCAGUUGGCUUUUUUAAUCGUUGGAUCUCACUGUUUUUUACUUGGAAAAAAAAAAAAAUCAUUUAAAUUAAAGUUAAAUGUUGUUCAUUACUACUAUUUGUAAUUACAAAGUUAGUCUAUCAACUCACAUACUCGAACUCGUGCCAUAUGUGUAUAAUUAUCGCAGACUUGUGACGUGCUAUUUUUUUUUUUCUAUUCUUCAAGUAACACAAGCAACUUACGACGAAAGCGAUCAAAAUAGGUGCAAUAAAAAUGCUCAGUUAUACAUUGCAAUACUCAUUUCAUUUCUGAUUCACAUUAUGUAUGUAGACUGCAGUUCUUUAUGUACAUAAAUUCUUAAGUCUUAUGGUAAGAAGCCGGAUUCAUUUCCGAAACCUUUUGCAAUUAACUUUUUUCAAGUAAAUAGGUAUAAUGCUUUUAAAGCGCGGAAUAUAAAUAUAUUAUAUGAUAUAAUAAAUAUAGUAUAAAUAUA